AUGAACUUCGCAUUACCAGCGGAGUAUUAUGCCUCUCAGCAGAAGGCAGCGGCAGCGGCAGCGAAGAGCACUACGGAGAAUCCACCCACACUGUACCACUCCUUUGAAGAUCCUUCGCAUUUUCAACUGUGGGGAUCUUCUCCGCAAGACCCAAAUCAGAAUAGAGAGGAUUCAAAUAUGUACUAUGGAUAUGGACAGCAGCAGAAUAUGCAGGGAGGCCCAGCCUUUGAUUAUCAACAACAACAACAACAACAACAACAGCAGCAGCAGUAUCAGCCGCCAGUGCAACUACAACAACCCUAUAUUCAAUCGAACCAACAAUCACCUACACCAGUGUUGUUAUCUCCGUCAAACAGACAAAAUACACGAUCCCCUCCACGAUCUCCAAUACCUCAACCUUAUUGUCAAACACCAAAUUAUACACAUCCUAGUGAAACGGUUACUUGUUGGGAUGUACAACUCGCAAAAUCACAUGACAAGAGCAAGUUUCUUGAUCACCCUUCUAUUCCAAGGUUUUUACAUUCAUAUUUGGAGCAAGAUAUGGCACGAGUACCACCGACUCCUCCAUUUAUUCGUCCAGUUAGUCGUCUUAGCAUGCGACCAACAUUUCAAACUCUACCAAGUACAUCACAAUUAGCAGAUACUAUUCAAAUUCCAUUAGGUAUUACGUUUCAACCUUUUGCAGAAACUCAAAUAGCAGAAGUUGAUUUUUCUUCACUUGGAGGUCGUAUGGUACGAUGUAAAAAAUGUUCAGCAUACAUCAAUCCAUUUACUACUUUUUGUGAUCGAGGACAUCGUUGGCAGUGUAUUUUAUGUCGUCAGUUAAAUGAUGUUUCUUCAGAAUAUUACUGUUCACUUGACCCUCAAACAGGUCUUCGAUCAGAUAUAUUAAGUCGUCCAGAGUUAACAAAUUGUUCAGUGGAUUUUUAUCCUUCACCUGAGUUUCUACGUCGUCCACCACAACGCCCUGCAUUCUUAUUAAUGUUGGAUUGUUCAUAUCAAUCUGUGGUAUCAGGGCAAUUAAGCGCUAUUUGUCGUGGUGUACUUGCGGCAUUGGAAAGUAUGAAGGAAGAGGAUGCCUUAUACAUGGGAGUUGUAGGAUUUGCAUCUACUGUUUACUUUUUUAAUUUGGCAGCUAAUCUACAAUCUCCACGAGUUAUUGUAGCACCAGAUGUGGUGCAUGAUGUUUGUAAUGUGGAUGAUAACUUUAAGUUUGAACCCAUUGAAUUACCAUGUGCUGUUAAUGAACUGGUUGUUCAUGUAAAGGAUGGUUACCGUCUUCUUAAGGAUCUUUUUGAAAAAUUACCAGAGACUUUUGCCACUACAAAAGAUGUUGGUUGUGCUUUCGGUCCUGCACUUGCUGCAGCUAUUUCAAUGUUGGAAAACAGUGGUGGUAAAAUAAUAGCAAGUAUUGAUUCUAUGCCUUCUAUUGGUGAAGGAAAAUUAAAACCACGGUUUGAUCCUGCAAAAUUAUCUAAUCAACCAAAAGAAUAUACCGUGUGUAGUGCAGCAAAUGAUUGGUACAAACAACGAGCCUUAGCAUGUUCAAAUAGUAAUAUUUCUGUUGAUUUGCUUGUUAGCGGGUCACAAGACCUUGAUUUAACGACCAUUGCCCCAUUAUCUCGAUUUACAUCUGGUCGUAUUUACCGUUCCACACCACUUACCAUUCAUGGAUUAUCAGAUGAGGUACAUCGUAUUUUAACUCGAUAUAUGGCCUUUGAGGCUAUUUUACGUGUUCGUACGUCUAGUGGACUUGCAGUACCAAACUUUUAUGGUCAUUGUCAUGUACGGGAACCAGAUCUCUUAUCACUUCCUGUAGGAGAUGAGGAUUCUUCCUUUUCUGUACAACUACAAGUUACUUCGCAACUUAAACAUAGUUUUGCAUAUAUUCAAAUUGCCAUUGUACACACUAAUCGUAGCCGAGAACGACGUAUUCGUGUGCAUACAUAUCAACUUGCCGUAUCUCCAUCACUUGGUAUAGUAAUAAACUCUGCAGACUCUCUUGGUGUUACGUGUUUCCUUACGAAGAAAGCUGUUGAUUAUGCUGUGAAUUGCCCUUUUCAGCAAGCCCAACAACGUGUAACAGAUAAAUUACUUGCCACCUUACGAGCGGUUAAAAAACACAAUGAUGGACUUGGAAUGCGUUCUGGACAUUUCAUGCUUCCGGAUUCCCUUCGAUUUGUGCCACAGCUCCUGCAUGGAUUCUACAGGUGUGCGGCUGUGGGAUUAGCGACGGUGAGUCCAAUUCUCCCGGAUGAGCGGGUGGCCUCCAUGUCGAUGGUGAUGUCGACAGCACCGCACGCGAUGGUUCCAUACUACGCGGGCUGGUGCUACGAGGUCUACUCGCCGUACACACCGCUGGAGGAUCUGCCCGUGCCGAUAUUUCCCACGCAGACGUUCUUCAAAUCCGACGGCGUCUUUCUUGUGCACAUUGGCUUUGCGCUCGUUCUCUGGUACGGCCGGCGGGCAGAGCGGGAGGUGCUGCGGGCAUUGGGCCUCAUUCCCGCCAACAGCGAUAACAACAAUAAUAAUAACUACAUUGAUGAUAGUAUCGGUGAUGUUUCUCCGCAGCUGGCGGCCCUUCGCGAGCGGCUCGACGCGCUUGUCUGGCGGCUGCGGGUGGAGAGCGGCGCGGCGUACACCGCCGCCCUCGAGGGUUGCCCGCAGGGGAACACCGUCUUCGAGCCCGCCCUCACUCGAAUGAUGAUGGAGGACGAUGUGCGCACACUGCCAAGCUACACAACAUUCCUGCGCGAUAUUUGGCAGAAGGUGUCGACAACAGGGAAGUGA